AUGUGUAACGGCACCAACAAAUACACCAUCUGCCCCUGUAUCAACCGGGAGUGUCCGCAACGCCAGGGUUGCGAGCUCAGCAACAUUGUUCUCCAAUCCAAUGAAAUAGGUCACGUCACUGACGUGAAGCCUCAGGCACAAUGGGAAGACAAAGAACGUUGCGGAAGAUGGUGGCUUGAGCAACCAGCCGAGAUUUCCACUAAUCCAAGAGUAUCCCCAGAAGGUCGCUGCCCUGACUUUGAAGAAACUCAGGUCAAGCGCAUGGGGUACAUGUGCGCCCAGUGCCUACAAGAAAAGCAGGUUCAAUGUGGACAUGCUCGUUACGAUGAUCCUCGCGUUGCAAUCCCCCUGGAUAUCGUCAGCCGGAGCCUCAAGUACCUGUCAACCUUCCAGAUGCUGCCCCUCAACGGUUCCCUCAGCCAGAAAGCUAUGAUCGGCAAAUCAGAAGAAAAUACCCUCUGCUCCUAUGAAGAUGAGAAGACCGAGUUCUACCAUACACUUCCGAUGGCGCUGUGCGAAGACAUGGACAUCGACCCAAUGAUCUAUGAGAUGCCGGACUCGCACCCGUUCCCGCCGCCUAAUGCCCGAGCCAACCGGGGUCGGCGUCGAGACUUCGUCAAUGGUUCAACGAAUUUCGGUGCCAUUGGUGACGGUCGUCUUCUUCCUGGUAGCUCUCCGGCUACCAAUGGUGGCCGAAACCCGUACGGUGCUAUUGGUGAUGCGUUUCCACACCCGGAUAGUUCUGCUGACAACUCUUACAACUCUUCAAACAGCACUGAAAAUCAGUCCCGACAGUAG